AUGGCGGACAAGGAAUCUUAUCCCUUAAAACAAUGGUUUUCAAACGGUGUACCACGAGCGUACUUGAAUCUAUCAAUAAUGAAAAAGUGUAGUGCAAAUUUAAUGUUUACUCAUUGUUUCUUUCACAGAGAAGCCUUUGUGACAAAAUCGUUGAUGGGUGAUUUAGGGGAAGUUUUGGACCACGUUGUGAAAGUGAUAAAUCAUAUUAAAAUUAGUUCACUUAAGUCGCGGUUGUUUGAACACUUUUGCCAAGAAACGGAUUCGGAAUACACAAAAUUGCUUUUUCACAGUGAUGCUAUAAGACGGUUGUCAAGCAGCCGUACUUUAUCGCGCUAUUAUGAUUUUAGUGAAGAACUAAUUGCGUUUUCAACAACAGAAUAA